CACACAUGCACACACACACACACACACACUCACUCAUAUACACACUGUGAGCUUAACGUACAAAAAUAUGCUCAAAAAUGCACGGGCAAACGGAAAGCAGAACGUACACAUAGCCUCAAUAUAGACAGACAUUUACACUCCAACACACACAGCAUAGCAAGCACACACACAGUUAUUCUUGGGGAGCCCGCGUGCACACACUCACCCUCACAAGCUCUGAAGACAAAGAUUAAACCAACACUGCCCCACUCGUCACAGCCACCUCCGCCAUCAUGCCCGGUGAGGAUAAACCACCGCAACAGACCCGCCAGAGGAAAAAGAACAAAAAAUCCCGCUCCAAGGGGAAGAGCCCGGGUGGGAGUCCAAGCGCCCAUCUGGGGAGCUCUAUAGACGGCCAAGAUGACCUCAUCUUACCCCCAGUGCUCCAGCCUCCUCCUAAAAAGCCGGCGGAGGAGAAGCCAAAAGUGCCUGUGGCCAAAAUGGAGGAGGAGUCAGCCAUUGCUAUCUGUCUUCAGGUGCUUUUUCCCUACCUGCUGGCUGGGAUGGGCAUGGUGCUGGCCGGCAUGGUGCUGGACGAUGUACAGCACUGGGAGGUGUUCAAGGUGAUAACUGAGGUGUUCAUCCUUGUGCCUGCACUGGUUGGACUCAAAGGAAACCUGGAGAUGACCCUGGCUGCUCGCCUCUCCACUGCUGCCAACACAGGCCAAAUGGACGACCCUGAUAGACAUUGGACCAUGGUGUGCAGCAACCUGGCACUGAUACAGGUUCAGGCAACAGUGGUGGGCUUCCUCGCAGCAUUGGCAGCCGUGUGCUUAGGGUCAUUUUCUAGAGGGGGUGUCGAACUGGACCAGGCAGCUGUUCUCUGUGCGAGCAGCAUCACCACUGCCUUUUUAGCUGCUCUCUCCUUAGGCUUGGUGAUGAUUGGAGUGAUCAUCGGCUCCAGGAAGGUGGGGAUCAACCCUGACAACGUGGCCACCCCCAUCGCUGCCAGUCUGGGUGAUUUGAUCACCCUGUCCCUGCUGGCUGGGGUCAGCAGCACACUCUAUGAAUAUAUAGAUUUAUGGUACCUGUCCCCCCUGGUGUGUCUGAUCUUCCUGGCUCUGAUCCCACUGUGGGUGGUGGUGGCCCGACAGAGCCCUCAGAUCAGGGAGGUUCUCCGCUCAGGGUGGCAGCCUGUCAUAGUAGCCAUGUCCAUUAGCAGUUUUGGAGGCCUUAUACUGGACAAGACAGUGAGUGAUCCCAACUUCAAGGGCAUGGCUGUCUUUACACCUGUCAUUAAUGGAGUGGGUGGCAACUUGGUGGCCAUCCAGGCCAGUAGGAUCUCUACCUACCUGCACUUCUGGAGCAUCCCAGGGGUGCUGCCUUACAAGAUGAGGCAGCACUGGCCCAAUCCCUGCAUCACCUUCUUCUCCGCAGGGGUGAACUCCAAGUCAGCAUGGGUGCUUCUGCUGCUGGUCAUCCCCGGUCACCUGGUCUUCCUCUAUGCCAUCUCUCUGCUGCAGGGAGACGAGGCACCUAUCUCUGUAGCCUUCACCAUCUGCUACCUGUGUGCUGCUCUGCUACAGGUGGCCAUCCUCCUUUACUUUGCUGAUCUCAUUAUCCGUUUGAUGUGGAGACGGAGUCUGGACCCUGACAACUUCUCCAUCCCCUACCUGACCGCCAUGGGAGACCUGCUGGGCACUGGCUUUCUGGCCCUCUGCUUCCGCUGCGUCUCACUGGUUCAUAGCCUGGGUCUCUGAAUGUCUCCCCUCUCACCCCCGAACUCAAAGCCAGCCACUGUCUUGUUGCACCAAGUUUGUUACAUUUACACAGAUAUACUUUUGAUUGGACAGUAAAGCAUUUUCUGAUGGUUAUCACUGGGCCAGUUCAUACAGAGGAACUUGUCUUUGUCAGAAAUUCAAACCUUUACAGUGAUGGAGAGAAGGCACAGGCAACACCCCACCCAUUUACACCAUCUUCUGGGAGAAGGCUUUGCGUCGUAAACACGUCCGGCCAAUCAGAUUCUUUCAUUUGAGGACAAAAGACAUUAAUAUGUGUUGAAGUUUUAUUUCUCUGUCCAUCACUAUAUUGACCUUUAUUUUGAAAUCAUUCCUCUUUAUCUGUCUUUUAGUUUUAUUGCAUUAACUAAAUGUGAGUUUGGUGCUCACCUCAUCUCUCAGCUCACCUUUUUGGCUUCAUCAGGGGAAAAUGUAGCAACUUUACAUCAUAGCAGCAAGACUGAACAAAUGGUCCAUUUGAAUGUGGAAAGAUCAAAUAGACUUACAGCAGCCCAUGUUUGAGUGGGCUGUACUAUGCAUCAAUGCAAGAGAUUGUGGAGGUCGAUGUAUGUAGUACACUAACUGGAAUUUUCAUGGCUGCAUGUCCAACAUAUGUUACAUGGCAUUGAUUUAGAAUGAAUGGGACAGAUUUAGUUGUCAUGCUGAUCUGGUCAUGUACCUGUAACACACAGGGGAAUGUUUCAUCAUUACAUGAAAAGAAUUGAAUCUCCACUAUUAUUCUUAUAAUGUACUUUAUGUACUGUCUUUUCUUAACGUUUUCUGCAGAUUUAUUUCUGAGGUACCAUAAGAGGCAAGCAGAUAGAAUGGGGUAAUUGGUACUUUCAUGACCGAAGGCAAAUGGCGUAGCUGGAAACAAUAUGAUUAGGAGGAAGACACUAUCAGUAGCUGUGGUGGGAGUUUGUGUCAGUCAUGAGCAAUGAAUUCACCUCUGUUCUGAGUGUGUCAUGUUGCAGAGGACUGUGCAAAGCGGAUUUACCAGCUUGAACAUUUCCUAUAAGUGGUAACUGUCAUGAGAUGGUAUACUGCACCUGAAAGACUUAUGAAAUAGACAUGUUCAGUAGCUCUGUUAGUUGGAGAACCAUUAACCAAUGUUUCAGCGAAAGCGAACUGACACAAAGACUUUUUGUUUGUAGAAGGGAGGGUAUCCACCAGCAACUUCUUGACAGCUUUAAAUUAUCUUUGCAUCUCUAAUCCCUUCUGUAAAGGCAUCUACCGGCAGCAUGUCAUUUUUAUGCCUCUGUGCUGGUGAAAGCCGUGGCCUGAGGCACUACUUUUUAGGGUUGUUGGUAUGUCGUCCGUACAUCCAUCCCUCCGUCCCAUUCUUGUGCAUGAACUGAUUAGUUUUUGGUCAAGGUCACUGUGACAUUGUCUGUCUCAUUCUUGCGAACACAAAAUUGUGAAAACACCUCGAAGGAAUUCCUUCACAGGUGGCACAAACAUUCAGUUGGAUUAAAAAUGAACUGAUUAGAUUUUAGAGGUCAAAAGUAAAGGUCACUGUGACCUUAAAUCCAUCUCAUUCUCGUGAAUGCAAUAUUUCAAAAACACUAGAAUGUCUUUAAAUUUGACACAAAUCUCCAGAAGGAGAUCAAGAUGUAGAAACAGAUUACAAUUUGGUGGUUAAAGGUCAAAGGGUCAAGGUCAGUGUGACCUCACAAAAAAUGAUUUUGGCCAUAACUCAAGAAUUCUUGUGCUAAUUGUGACAAAACUAAACAGGAAUGUGUAACAGGGUAAAACGAUAAAGUGAUGACAUUUUAUAUCCAAAGGGUCAAAGGUCAACUUCACUGGGACAUCAUAAUGUUCUGCAUAAAACAAUUUUCUGGCCAUUACUCAUAUCUCAGCAAUCAGCACAGUCCAGGGCCCACCUUGAAACUGUGCUAAUUGUACAGAUCUUCUGUGCUGGUGGGGGGAGGAUGUGAGUGAAGCAUCCAUGUUUUCACAGACAUGGAUGUGAACUGUAGGAGAAACUGUGCAGAGGCAUACAAACUGGCUAGGAGAAUAAAAUCCACUAACAGCUUAAAUUAAUUGUUUGACAUUUUGUGACAUACUCGUAUUCGCUCUCUUGCUGAGAGUUAGAUGAGAGGAUCAAUACCUAUCUCGUGUGUACAUGAAAUAUGAAGCUAUCGCUAGUAGCUGGCUAACUUAGCUUAGCGCAAAAAGUGACAGUGGGAAAAAAGCUAGGCUGGCUCUGUCCAAAGGUAACAAAAGCAGCCUUUUAACAUCUAUAAAGCUUGCAAAUAAAUGUAUUAUUACCUGUUUGUUUAAUCCAUACAAAAACAGAAGUAUUAAAACAGCAAUUUGCCAUUUUACGGUGUCAUGUGCCCAACAGUUUCUUGGUUUGGAAUUUUGUUUUUUGUAUGAAUUUAAAGAACUAGAUAUGAUGUAUUAAUUAGAAAGCUUUACAGGCGCUUGUCGAUGUAUUUUUCCUAAAUUCUGACAAUGCUAGGCUAAAAGUUACAUCGUUUCCAGUCAUAAUGCUUGGCUAAAUUAGCCAGCUGCUGGCUGUAGCUUCACACUUACCGUAAAAAUCGGUAAAUUGGCAUCAAUCCUCUCAUCCAACUGCCAUCAGUAGAGCAAAUUGCGCAUUUCCCAAAAUAUCAACCUUGUCUUUUGAGGUCUGGAACAGGAUCUGCUCAUGUGCAAAUCAUUCAGUAAAGCCACAACUCCAAUUUCUGUUACCAUUGACCAGCUGUUUCUACCUCUGCACUUCUUCCACUUUGAAGUCUGUGUCAUGGGAAAAUCACCAAAAUACCAAACAUUUGAAUAAGGACGUAUUUGUGCCCCGCGAAAAUGCCACAAUUCUGACUUAAAUCCCCAUGAUGCAUCGCUAAAGCUGUCUCCAGUAUGUCUAAUGUGGUUGAUGUACUGCUUUUUGUUGCACAUACAGUAGGUAUAUACAGUGUAAUAAACAUGGUACUUGCAAACUGUACUACCCUACAAUGGCAGAGCACUGUAACUAUGGAGGCAGUGAAGUUUAAGGGGACCCAUUAUGCUUUUCCUUACUUUCUGUCAUAUAUAUAACAUUACAGUGUUGAAUGUUCAUAUUAAACAUGGCCAAAGUUUUAAUUAAUGAGGUAAGCCUAUGUAAAAGUAAUCCUUGAUAGCAAAACCUCAGGCUUCAUACCUUUCUGAACAGUUUCCAACAUUUUGUCCCCUUUGGAGACAAACUGACAUCAUCUCAUGACAGAUUUCUUUAUAUGGUCAUCUGCGCUAAGCAUGCUACUUUAAGUGUUUACAUCACGUAGCCUACACUGCUACAUGUAGCAACAUGCUAACAUCAGGGAAACAUGAAAUCUUGAUUGUCAAUAUUGUUGAUUUCUCCCCCAUUUUGGAUCGUAUUCCUGCUGGAACAUGUCCAGGUGUCAAGAUUUUGGUCAAAAAGCCGUUAUUGGUUAUUCUUUACAGCAGGCAGUGCCGCUAUACUCCAUUACAGUCAUUAUCCAACUGCAAGUACACUGCUACAUGUGGCUAGAUGCUAAUGUCAGGUUGCCAAUGUUGUUCAUUAUUUCUCCCAGAGUUUGGAUCGUAUAUUUGCUGGAACAUGUCUUGUCAUGAAGAUUUUGGUUUUUGGAAGCUUUUAUUGUUUUUUUUUUGUUUGUUUUUUUUAAUAGAAGAAAGGGCCGUUGUUCUCCAUUACAGUCAUUCCCCUUUCUGCAAUGAUGGUGCAGAGACACUUAAAUAAGGAAGACCCGGAAAUGCUGACAAUCAGAGUAGACUUGGCUUUUUGGGCUUAAAGAGACAGACACUAAAACGCAGCGUCUCAGACAGAGAGGGGAUUCAGGUCUUCCAGCACAGACAGAAUAAGGAAAAUAAAUAGUCUUCUGAACAUCAAAGCAUGUAAACGUUUUCUAGAAGAAACCCAAAAUACAAGUAUGAAUCUAAAAAUGAGCAUAAUAGGUCCCGUUUAAGGAAAAAAGGUUUAAAGUUCUCAGGCAGGAUGGCAGAGGUCAUAAUACUUGCGGGGUUUUUUUACCCCCAAAAUCCUUACCUAAAAAAUGCAGAUACUGCAUAAGAUAAUCUGCAUGGAACUGCAGUAUCUAAUAAUAAAAUGUGUUAUCCAUUUUACCUAUUUUGUUUGAGAAAAUUAACUUUAAGUUUGAUUAUUAUUUGCAGUCCAUUGCUCAUACAAUAUAGUAAAUGUGAUGAUGAGUCCCAGUGCAUUGAGUUUACCAAACUAGAGUGGAGUGCAGCAGCCAGGGACGCAAUACUAAGCCAGAAUGCAGUAACUAGAGAGCCAAAGUGCUUGUUUGGCUUCCGUUUUGUCUGUUAGAUGAUUACUGCACAUUUAAAAAGCUGUUUUCACUGAAAUUACACAUUUCUAUGGCAUAAUAUAUUUUAUAUAGUAAAAGAGUUGCCAGAGAGUCCCAUACUGAAUCUAACUCAGUUUUGACCAAAUAUGUAGUUACUGCAUUUUGCCUUACAGGGAUUUAUCAUACUAGAAAUUGUUCAAAGGCCCAGAAUGAUGGUGUUCCAAAGCACUGUGAACCCUGAAAACGUGUCUGCACUUCUAAUUGUAAAGCAGUUUCAGUAUUCAAAAAGUAAUUGCAAUAUUUUGUUUGUGAAUUUGUGCUGCCACUCAAUGUAAAAAAAAAAAUAAAAAAUACAGCUGUAAGUAUUUGUUUUCACCCGUCAGCUUAAGUUUAUGUGUUUACUGUGUAGCUGCAGAGGAUCUUUGGUAUGCCCUCACUACUUGAUACCAACAGUCCCUUUAAUGGAAGGUUCACAAAGCCUUACUGUUCAUUAUGAUGUUGACAGAACCAUAAAACCUCAUCAUUACAGCAGUGUAUGCACAUGCAUGCACAUUAGUGUGCUCAGACAGAAAGCAAAGCCAAUUUUCACCCUGCGUCAUUCACACGAAUUUGACAGGUGAAUUUGGAACUCACCUUUUACCCCAGUUGUUUAUUUUCCGUCCAGCCUCACUCCAUCUUCUUCUCAUCUCUGUACGUUAUCAAAGCAAAUUCAUUAAGCCCUGAGAUGCACUCAGAUUAAAAUUUUACUUGCAUUCUGUCUGAACACACAGUUAAAACUUCAACUAAAGUCAUGUUUAAGGAUUUUCUCUUCCCUUGUAUGCACUAUUUUAGUUUACACAAACACAAAGAUUACAGUUAAUAUGGAAAAAAAAACUAACUGCAGAAAAACACAGUAUUUGGAAAUUACAGUCUGGAGUACACCGGCUAUCUCUCUGUCCUGGCUAUCGUUUUUUAAUGUGAAUGAGCUCAAUCUCAAAAUACAGAAAUUCGUUAACGCACUUAUGAAGUCACAUGUAACACUUUUGCUGUUUGCUGUUACUAGUAAUACCUAUUUUAGAGACGAACCUCGUAAACACUGAAAUCUGAGGCAUUUCUGAAAAACAGCCUGUCUUGUCAAUAACUGAUCUUUGAUGUGAGGUAUUUCAGUGGUAAUAGUGCUUUGCUAAAAGCUUUUAUUGUGACACUGUUACACAGUACUUUCUACACUAGGAGGUAAUGAAAUAUAGAUAGCGUACUAUUUUCUUUCACUCAAGCUUACUGAGAUCUGUGUAUUAACUGUGAUACUGUGAGAAUUAGACCACAGCUAAGGUUGUGUCGUACCAGCACAUAAGUGUGUCUUAAUCAGUAGGGCUGGAUGAUGUAUCAUAAAGUCUUUAUCAUUUUAAGUUGUCACUGUUAUAAGUAUUUAUUGUGUUUUCUCAUUUCUGAUGUCUUUAGGAAUUAAUUACAGUAUUUCAAGUAAAUAUAUGGAGGUCGAAAAGUUUAAUUUUUGACAGUCACUUUAUUUUAGUUGUUAAUAAUCAUUUGAAGGAAUAGUUCAGUGUUUUGGGAGAUAUGUUAGUUCACUUUUUUGCCGAAACUUAAAUUUGAAGGCCGGUAUCAAGCUUCUUCACAAUGCAGUGAUUUCUCAAAAUGCUGAACUAUUUCCAUAAAAAUUUGGUUUAACAUCCAGCCCUAUUAAUAAUUACGUCAAAGAGUGAUGGCAAAAUACCUGAUUGUAAACUUGCACCUUUCUUGUAAUAGUAGUCUAAAAUUGCCUUGAAAACAAAAUUCAUGUCAACUGUGUCUUGUGUAAAAUCUCAUCUAACAACCAUGUCAAUGUCAAAAAAGUAGUAGCUUUAUUUCAGUGUUGCAACAGUCUUUUCUCUUUUGCUGUCUGUUGGCAAAACUUUGUACUGUACUUCAAUGUUGACACUGCCACGUUAGGACUUUAGGGGAUUUUAAAAUGCCUUUGUUUUCUAAUCCUGCUGUGUUCACUGUCACCUGAGCUUGCACACCUUCAAUGUGUUAUGUCUUAUGUUUGCGCAAAGAUGAAGUGUGGAAUCAGAAAUGUGACAAAUGUUUGUUGAGCGUUUAUGUGAUUUUGUGGCUUUGAACAGUUAUAUUUUAAUAAAAACUAACAGUGUAAUGAAA